AUUAGAAUUACUAAAAAGUUACUAGUAAUACUUGAGAAAAAAGAGAAAAAUCAUACACACGUGGCAGGAAUUUUCGCACGAGCGAGUCAACCUUGGCCGAAGCCGUCGCCCUUCGGCUAGUGCCACCCUUAUUUGCCAUUUUCAUUUCCAAAAAAGUUGUGGAGAGAACAGAAGCGAAACAAAGAGAGUGAUAAGAAAAACUCUCGUCUCUCGAUCUACAGACGCAAAAGGGGCUGACCUGAGGAAAGAACACACACUAUGUGGAGAAAACUCUCUUCGCAGCUCCGAACCCUACGCCUACUUCGAUCCACUCCUAAGUCCCAUCCAUCCGCCGCCGCCACGUCGAUUUCUUCAUCUCCGUCUCCGGCGGCGUUCCGGUCAUCGGUCACGUCCUUCUCUCGCCAUUUCACUGCCGCGUCCGAGAAUGUUGUUAAGAAGAGUGUGGAGGAUGUAAUGCCGAUUGCAACUGGUCAUGAGCGCGAAGAGCUUGAAGCUGAGCUCCAAGGAAGGGAACUUCUUGACAUUAACUUUCCUGAGGGUCCUUUUGGUACAAAG